AUGUAUGCUGCGAUUGGUAGUGAUGAGGAUGACUGUUACCGGUGUUUCCCGCCCGACCCGGACAUUGGUACUGCCGCGUCAGGUACUAGUGAGGCUGCUGCUCUAGGUGCUAGUGCGUCUGUGCUCUCACGUGCUGGUGAGUCUGCCCUCUCAGGUACUGUGUCGGCUUCGGCCUCUCACACCUUCACCCUUGACUCUGGAGCGUCUCGCUCCUUCUUUCGGGACCGCACCACUCUCACGCCGCUGAGUCGGCCGGUUGCGGUGUCCCUGGCUGACCCCUCUGGGGGGCCUGUCCUGUCUCGCUUCUCCACUGUCCUCCCGUGUCCGGCGGCCCCCUCUGGCACCCUGACUGGUCUUUACCUCCCCUCGUUCUCGACGAACUUGGUGAGUGGUGCUGACCUCCAGGAUGCGGGUGUCCACCAGUUCACCCCUGCUCGUCAGCGGGUGACCCACUGCACGGAGGCGGAUACAGGUCGCCACCUGGCUACGUUUACACGUCGGCCAGGGUCGAGCCUGUACACUCUGACCACUGCUUCUCCUCCAGGUGCUGAGUCUGGUAGGGUCACUUCGUCUGGUCAGGUGUUUGCUGCAGCGUCCAGGUCUGGUCCUGAGUCUGCCCCCUGCUCGUGCCGUCGUUUGUCUCACGAGACCCUCCUCUGGCACCACCGCCUUGGCCACCCCUCUCUGCUUCGGCUCAGAGGCAUGGCCUCGCGAGUCCUUGUGUCUGGUCUUCCCCGGUCUCUCCCUCCCCUUCCUCCGGGCCCUGGCCCCACCUGUGUCCCCUGUGUUGAGGGGCGCCAGCGUGCUGCCCCUCACUCCUCCCAGUUUCCUCCGACAGAGGCCCCGUUGCAGACGCUUCACAUGGAUGUGUGGGACCCAGCCCGCGUCCGUGGACAGGGUCAGGAGCGCUACUUCCUGCUGGUGGUUGACGACUACUCGCGUUACACCACAGUCUUCCCCUUGCGCAGCAAGGGUGAGGUCACUGCGGUGUUGAUCGGCUGGAUCCGCGCAGCUCGUCUCCAGCUUCGGAGGAGCUUUGGCUCUGACUUCCCUGUUUUGCGUCUGCACUCGGACAGAGGCAGAGAGUUCUCCUCUGGCCUCCUGAGUGCCUACUGUCGUGCGCGAGGCAUCCGUCAGACCUUCACGCUUCCGGACUCACCGCAGCAGAAUGGGAUUGCUGAGCGCCGCAUUGGCAUGGUCAUGGACGUCGCUCGUACGUCCAUGAUGCAUGCGGCUGCUCCCCAUUUUCUGUGGCCGUUUGCGGUCAGGUACGCUGCGCACCAGAUCAACCUCCACCCCAGGGUCUCUCGGCCGGAGACCUCCCCAGCCCUGCUGUGGACGGGGAAGGUUGGCGAUGCGUCGGCGUUCCGGGUCUGGGGAUCUCGGGCGUUUGUUCGCGACCUGUCUUCGGACAAGCUAUCCCCUCGUGCUUCUCCCUGCGUCUUCCUGGGGUUCCCCCCCGACGCCCCUGGGUGGCAGUUUUACCACCCCACCUCUCGACGUGUUCUGUCCUCCCAGGACGUCACGUUCGACGAGUCGGUACCCUACUACCGCCUCUUCCCCUACCGCACUCCGUCCCUCCCCCCACCCCCGCUCUUCUUGGUAGACGCGGUCGAGCCUGUCGAGGUCACUGGUGACUCUGGUGCUGCUGCGGGAGCUGAGCCUGGGGGUGCGGAGUCUGGGGGUGCUGAGCCUGGAGGUGCCGAGUCUGGGGGUGCUGAGCCUGGGGGUGCUGAGCCUGGGGGUGCUGUGCCUGGGGGUGCUGAGUCUGGAGGUGCCGAGUCUGGGGGUGCUGUGCCUGGGGGUGCUGAGCCUGGGGGUGCUGAGCCUGGGGGUGACGUGCCUGGGGGUGCUGUGUCUAGGGGUGCUGAGCCUGGAGGUGCUGUGCCUGGGGGUGCUUCGUCUCGCCGGGAGCCACUCUCCCCACAGGAGCUGCGUGAGUGGUUUGCCGGGCGCUGGAGGCGUGCUGCUGGUGCUGGUGGUUCUUCGACUGCAGAGGGUACUGCUGCUGCGCGCCCCGCCGGCGCUCGUACUGUGGGUGCUGGAGCUGCUGAGUCUGAGAGUUCUCCUGGAGCUGGUCCUGCUGAGGGUGUUGGCGCUGAGCCUGCCGUUGGCGGCCCGACUGACAGUGCUCCUGGUGCUGCGGCUGGAGGUUCUGGAGCUUCUGGUGGUGCUGCUGAAGGUGCUACUGGAGUGGGUGCUCCUGCCGGGGCUGCUGGUGCUGUUCCUGCUGUUUCUAGCGUCGCCGCGCGGCCCCGACCGUACUUCGUUCCGCUCCUGCAGCAGGUUCUUGUUCUUACACCUCCUCCUCCUCCCUUAGAGGGUCCGCAGCCUGUCCGUGGUCGCGGGUCGCGUCAGCGUCCUCCUCCUGUCCCUGGCACGCACCGGAUAUCACUGCGUCCGUCCACUGCUCCUCUGCGUGCCCCUUUGCCUUCUCCUCCUGCUUCCUCUCUUCCUGCUCUUGCCGACCCGGAGUCGGACGCCCUUCGUGCUGCCAGUCCUACUGUCACGCGUCUCCUGGCUACUGCUGUCACUGACCCCUCCUUCGAGUCGUCUGCUGCGUCUGCCCUUGUCACUGAGCUUGUCGACUUUGCUGCGCGCUGUCGUCUAGACUACGCUGCUCGUCUUGUCACUGAGUCUGAGUCCGCCUGUCCUCCGUCCGUCGGGGGUGAGUGUGCCCUUGGCACGGACGUCCUUGAGGACAGGCAGGAGGAGUUCCAGUGUCUGGCCGCCGCUUCACCUCGUCUCGCGUCUGUACUGCUAGCCCCUGAGGGAGACCCGGAUGCACCAGACAUCCCGACUCCGCGCUCUUACGCGGAGGCGAUAGAGGGUCCCUUCUCCUCUCAGUGGCAGGCAGCUAUGGAUGCAGAGAUGGCUUCCUGGAAAUCCACAGGCACCUACGUUGACGCUCUUCCCCCUCCUGGGGCGAACAUCGUCAGUGGCAUGUGGAUUUUCAGGGUGAAGCGGCCGCCGGGUUCUCCGCCUGUCUUCAAGGCGCGUUACGUGGCUCGUGGCUUCAGUCAGCGGCAGGGGGUUGACUACUUUCAGACCUUCUCCCCCACCCCGAAGAUGACCACUCUUCGGGUUCUGCUACACGUUGCUGCUCACCGUGACUACGAGCUGCACUCUCUUGACUUCAGCACAGCUUUCUUGCAGGGCAGCCUGCACGAGGAGAUCUGGCUGCGUCGCCCACCUGGCUUCACUGGGUCUUUCCCUCCUGGUACCCAGUGGAGUCUCCGGCGUCCAGUCUACGGUCUUCGCCAGGCGCCACGUGAGUGGCACGACACACUGAGGACUACGCUCGCGGCACUUGGGUUUGCUCCUUCCACUGCCGACCCGUCGCUGUUUCUGCGCACCGACACCUCUCUGCCGCCGUUCUACAUCCUCGUGUACGUCGACGACUUGGUCUUUGCCACAGCUGACACUGCUGGACUCGCCUACGUGAAGUCCGAGCUGCAGAAGAGACACACGUGCACUGACCUGGGUGAACUGCGCAGCUACCUUGGCUUGCAGAUCACCCGGGACAGAGCACGCCGCACCAUUACCCUGACUCAGUCACACAUGGUGCAGCAGGUCCUUCAGCGCUUUGGCUUCACGUACUCCUCGCCUCAGGCCACUCCUCUGCCUACUCGCCACUCGCUCUCAGCUCUGCCUUCGGAUGAGUCCGUAGAGUCGAGUGGCCCGUUUGCAGAGCUUGUUGGCUGCCUCAUGUACCUGAUGACCUGCACACGACCUGACCUCGCAUACCCUCUUAGCAUUCUCGCACGCUUUGUUGCUCCUGGGAGACACCGAGCAGAGCACAUGGCUGCAGCGAAGAGGGUGUUGCGCUACUUGUGCAGUACGUCGGGCAUGGGGCUAGUGCUUGGAGGGCGCAGUCCAGUGGUCCUCACUGGGCACGCAGACGCUUCUUGGGCUGACGACCAGGCUACGCAGCGGUCGUCACAGGGUUACACCUUCAGCCUUGGUUCCGGCUCUGUUUCGUGGCGGGCUACCCGCUCGUCUUCUGUUCUCGGCUCCAGUUGUGAGGCUGAGAUCUACGCUGGGGCUAUGGCUGCACAGGAGUUACGCUGGCUCACCUACCUACUGACCGGCCUUGGAGAGCAGCCUCGUUCUCCUCCAGUCCUGUACGUAGACAACAAGGCCAUGCUGGCCUUGUGUCGAGAGCAGCGACUGGAGCACAGAACGAAGCACAUUGCUCUUCGUUACUUUCUUGCUCGUGAGCUACAGCAGCGUGGACAGCUGCGACUUGCGUACGUGGCCUCUGAGGCCAACACUGCUGAUGUCUUCACCAAGGCACUUGCGCCUUGUGAUCAUCAGCGUUGCUGCACGCAGUUGGGUCUUGUGCCUGUCUUGCCUCACUUGCUCUCCUCUUGA